AUGACCGCAGUCGGCGGCCUUCUCGCCGUCGCAUUUGUCCUGUACGAGUGGAAGCUGGCGCCAGUGCCCAUAAUGCUAUUAAGCUCGUGCAUUAUUGGGUCCUUGAUUGCUGGUGCUGUGGUUAUGGCCAUGGCCAGGCCAGGUGUGCAGUAUCACAUCGGAUACUUAGUACUCGCGCGCUCUAUCGUGGGCAUGUACGGAUCUAUGGUAUUCAGUCCUACUACGGUGCCACCUUUGCUGUCGGUCUACUUCCGCUGCAUAUUCGGGCACAACUGGACCGACUUCAAGAACACGCUUCCGGCAUCCGCAAACGUUGCCGGGCCGAUUCUGCUGUGCUUCUUUAUCGUGUGGCUAAUUGAGCUGCCGUUCAUGUUUGUCUACCCAACCAAGAUAGACUACCUCUUCACGAUAAAGGGUUUCAUCAUGCCCGUCGCCACGUUUGGUUUAUUCGGAUGGUGCAUGGCAAACGGCGCAGGAAUCGCAACUAUUGAUCUCGCCUCUGCAGCGGCGGCAAAAGCGCAGGCGACCACGCCGCUCCCCGGUCUAGCCAGGUAUUGCCGUAAGACGCGCGACGCCGGCUGGGUCCAGGGCGCAGCCGUCUUCUUCUCCAAGGUCGUCGUGUACUUCCUCGGCCUCGCAGCUACGGCAUCGAUGCAGGGCGCAUGGGGCAAGGCGUACUGGAACAUCUGGGACUUUCUCACCGCAAUCUUGGACCACCACUGGACGGGUGCCAGCCGAACGGCCGUGUUCUUGGUGUCGCUGAGCUUCCUCUUCUCGGCCAUGAGCGUCAACUUUGGGGGCAACUCGAUCCCGUUCGGAGCAGACAUGACGGGCUUGUUUCCGAGAUAUCUCAGUAUCCGACGUGGCCAGGUUCUCUGCGCCGUUCUGGGCGCCUGGGUGGUGCCGUGGGAGCUGAUUGCCAACGCUGCGUCAUUCUUGUCCUUUUUAGGAAGCUACAACAUCUUCAUAGCUCCCCUGUGCGCUAUAAUCCUCGUCGACUACGUGUUUGCCCACAACGGCAAUAUCCACGUCCCGUCGCUCUAUGACGGCAGCAAAAGCGGGCUUUACUGGUUUAGCUCGGGCGUAAAUUGGCUCAGCGUCUUCGCGUGGUUGGCCGGAGUGUCCAUUGGUCUUCCAGGUCUCAUGGCGCAGUACCAGCCACAAGCAGUCGGCCUAGUUGGCAAGCGCAUGUACACCAUGGGCUGGAUCCUGACAUUUGCCACAGCUGCCGUGGUGUAUUUCAUCGGCAUCAAGGUGUUCCCGCCGCGCAUAUACCCAGCCGGCUUCGGCAUGCCCGCAAACUGGGAGUACCUGGCCAAGGACGGCAGAGAGGGCUUCUUUGACGGCGAGCGAGAAAGGGAAGGGGGUUUUUCCGAAGCCAGGGUGCCCAAGUCGGAUCUGUGA